AUUAAUGUUUUUUCCCUUCGUAGUCUUGGGAUUGUAGCAGCGAGGUCCAUGUGACGAUUUAAAUUGUACUUCUCUCAAUACCGAUUAAAUAUCAAUACUUCGAGAUCAAGUUACGGUAGUUCUAGCUUUACUAGUUAUCUCAGAAAUCAGUUUGUUUAUAAAUAGAUUAAUUUUUGGUUAGUCUUUAUCAUAUUUUUUGCGAAAAUUAAUGAGCCUGAAACGUCUACGCUACAAAAAUGUUCAAUACCAUUUUACUGAAUCUGAGUCAUAAUUUGGAAUGCGGCUAAAACUCUUAGUUUGUUUCAGAUUUUAACUUCGAAUAAUUUUAACCAUGGAUGACAAACUUGACCCGAACACAUUUUCAAACUACUCUGCUUUUAAUAUUCGAAGUCUCCAUUUGGAUAUUGAAGUAUGUUUUGAUUCUAAAAUCUUGAAAAUAUCUACUGAAACCAAGUUUACUGUGAAACAAGUUGAACCAAAAUUGCUCCUUGACACGGAAAAGUUGAAUACCAGAACCGUCCACAUAAAAGUGCCAGAAUCUUCCGACGAGUAUGUUGAGGCUGCUUUCGAGCUUCAAGCUGAAACGAGUGUGGGUCAAGCACUGUGCAUCGAUCUAAGUAAAGUCGGACCUCUUAAAGUGGACCAAGAGUUGCUUGUGAAAAUAGUCUCUGAGACGACAGCUGACGUAACUGCUCUGCAGUGGAUGGAGAAGGAGGAAACGAGUGGGAAAGAGAAGCCCUAUUUAUACACUCAGUGUCAGUCUAGAUUCUGUCGAUCGCUCUUUCCCUGUCAGGACACACCGGGAGUCAAGUUCCCAUACACCGCAAAUGUCACUGUGGAGAAAGGGCUGGCAGUGGUGAUGUCGGCCAUCAUCGACGGAGAAGGAACUGCGACUGGAGAAAAAAUGUGCUACAAGUUCUCCCAGAAGCAACCUAUUCCUGCAUAUCUCUUUGCCAUUGCUGUUGGAAAUUUAGUCAAGCAUGAUUUCGGGCAUCGAUGCGCUGUAUGGACUGAAUCGGAAAUUCUCGAUAAAUGUGCUUAUGAAUUUGCCGAUGUCGAAAGUAUCCUGCAAAUUGCGGAAAGUAUUUGCGGGCCAUAUCAGUGGACGAGAUAUGAUUUCCUGGUGCUGCCUAUGACAUUUCCUUUUGGAGGAAUGGAGAAUCCUAAUAUGACCUUUUUGUCGCCUACUUUACUGGCAGGAGAUAGAUCUAUGGUGUCUGUUUUGGCGCAUGAAAUUACUCAUUCGUGGACUGGCAAUCUGGUUACAACCGUCUCAUGGGAGCAUUUCUGGCUGAACGAAGGCUGGACCAGAUUCAUUGAGGAUAAAAUAAAAGCGGUGAUGGAAAAAGAUGAAUCAUAUCGCAAGUUUCUGUUGAACAAGGAGCAAAAACACCUGAACGAUAGUCUCGAAGAGUUUGAAAGGUUGCAGAAACCAGAAUUGACAGCAUUGGUUCCAAAUUUGACCAAUCGCGAUCCAGAAGAUGCUUUCUCAGCAGUGCCUUAUGAAAAAGGAUGCAUGUUGCUAACCUAUGUUGAAAGUUUAGUAGGCGGACCUGAAGCUUUUGCGCCGUAUAUCAAAAACUACGUGGAGACUUUCAAAGAUACACCAAUCAGGACCAAAGCGUGGCUGGAGCAUCUUAUAAAGUAUUUUCCAGCUAAAGCUGAUGUCUUAAAAGCACAACCCUGGGAACAGAUUUUUACAAGUCCUGGAAGAAGUGUUGUUACAAUUGAUUUGGAUAAUCCGUUGACUGAUAAAUGCAAAGAAGUCGUUCAAAAAUGGACAGAAGCCUCCACUGCUGAAGAUUACGAUAGAAUCGUUGCCGAGUAUCCAGACCUGAAAACGUGGAGUCAGGACUUGAAAAUUGCAAUUUUGGGCUCUUUGAGAGAACAUGAAUUGAUUUGGCCGGAGGAGAAGUUUGAAAAAUUGACCGGACAAUUUGAACUGAGAGACACGAAUAACAUUGAACUGCGGACCCCUUGGAUAAGAAUGGGCCUCAAAAGUGGGAUCGAUUCCUCCAUCGAACCGGCACUAGAACUGGUGAAAACAUGCGGGCGAAUGAAGUUCCUCCGACCUGUGUACGUGUCGCUCUAUGAAAACGAGAGUUCUCGACAGAGGGCGAUCGACACUUUCCUGAGUAUGCAACAGUACAUGAACCCUAUUUCCGCUAAUAGGGUUGCGAUUGACCUAAAACUGAAAAGUGAGCAGGCCUGAAAUAAGUAUGAGCUAACAACUGUCUUCAACUGAGAAUUGAUCUUGAUUUCUGAACUGAUUCGUCGUGUUAUCAUUACUUCAAGUAAAUAGACAUAUUUUGUAAUUGGAAUUUUUUUUGCUAAAAUUGCUAUAUGAUUUUAAUGGUGCUGUAUUAAUCCAGAUCGUUUUUUGUACUUCCAUAAUUUUACCCCCUGCAUUUUCCUGGGGCUAUUUGCAUUAAUUUUUACCAAGCUUUGCUAAUAAACUACGUGUUUUUAUUCAAAAAUCGCUUCGAGUAAUCUGAUGUCAAACAACUGGGGCGAAAAAAUGACUUCAACCGAACAAUUUAAUAAUUUUAUUGACAAUAAAAUCUAAUAUUGGAAGUUUGUUGAAUUUCGGUUGCAAAUAAAUUACAUUCCAUCAUUGAGCCGAAUGUUGUUUAAUUGGAGUUAAGUGUUGUGUAGCAUAAAUUUAUACAAACUUGCCCAACUAAUAAUUUUUGGAAACAAA